UCCCUUUUCCUUUCAUUUUUUAACCAAAUAAAGACCUUUCAUUUUCUUUCUUUAUAAAAUACCAACGGAGUAACUCCUCUCAAUCCCCUUCCCCUCCCCUUAAAAAACCUCCACCCAAACACACUCAGUUUUUUUGGUAUGUUUAUUCACGUGAAUGUAGUUCAAUCUUAGAAAAAAAAAAAAAAAAAGAAGCCCGGACGGUUCGGGCUUCAGGACCAGCCCGAUUAGUAAUAGUGAGAACUGGGGACUGCGGAUGAGCAAUGAUUUUAGCUUGAUAAGGCCAACGCCGGCAGGGAUUUGGCUUCCUCCACGAGUCUGAAGGAUUUGUCUGGUCGAAGGUUAGUGGAAAAUUUGAGUGUGGUUGGAGUUGUUGACUUCGAUUUUCACAGAUUGAUGGCACUCCGAUCCACCUGACUGAAGAUGAAAUGGUACUAGGCGACUGGUGAUAGUUUCCACCUCCAACUGCAGCGAACGAGUACAAGAAAUUAGGCCUUGUAGCCGUGCUUUCGCUUACUUGAUUACUGGGAAGACGAGGUGGUUCGGAACGAAUCUUGCACGUCAACGGGCAGUUGUAUAAAUAGCUAUAAAAGAGGAAGCAGAAUCAAAAAGAGGGUGAAUUGUCGAAAAGCAAAGAGAGUCAACUUGAGAGAGAAAAGGAGUUAGAAGGGAAGGAAGCAAGAUACCUUCAAAUAAAAAAUAUAGAGCAAAACAUGAAAACACUGGGACUUUCACUUCAGGAUAACAUUCUUUCUUCACCCAAAUUACUAUUCAAUGCCACUCCUCAAAGUCUGGCAUCUCUUCCUUCGGCUCAGAAACCAUCUAAGCUUGGGAUGAGACGAGGUUUGACUCCCAGAUUUUACGAAUCACUAUUGUGGGUGAAUAGAAAGCCUGUUUGGAGUAGUUCUUUUCAUUCUAUAAGGGUGCAAUGCAACCAUAAUGGACAAUAUGAUGAUGGCUUUUACAUGAGAAGAUCUGUAGAGCUUGCAAGAAAGGCAAUUGGGUUAACCAGCCCCAAUCCAAUGGUUGGAUGUGUCAUUGUGAAGGAUGGUGAAGUUGUUGGUGAAGGGUUCCACCCUAAAGCUGGGCAGCCUCAUGCUGAGGUGUUUGCUCUGAGAGAUGCGGGUGAUUUGGCUGAGAAUGCCACAGCAUAUGUGAGCUUGGAACCUUGUAAUCAUGUGGGGAGAACUCCACCUUGUACUGAAGCUCUAAUUAAAGCCAAAGUGAAAAAAGUUGUGGUUGGAAUGGUGGAUCCAAACCCUAUUGUGGCCUCCAAAGGGGUGCAUAGAUUGAGAGAUGCUGGAAUUGAAGUUGUUGUGGGUGUAGAGGAAGAAUUAUGCAAGGGCCUCCUUGAGACCUAUACUCACCGUAUGUUGACAGGAAAGCCUUUCGUUGCUUUAAGAUAUUCCCUUUCUCUCAAUGGAAACUUUCUGGACGUACUUGGAGGUACAGCUGCAGGUUGUGGCGGAUACUAUUCGCGGUUAUUACAGGAAUAUGAUGCUGUGGUACUUUCAUCUUCAUUAUUUAGCGAAAACUUGCCAUUGCCUUCUUCCCAGGAACCUGGAGCUAAUCAACCAAUGCGUAUUAUACUACGAAGGAAUUCUAGUUCUUCAAACCAAGCUUCUUUUGUCAUUAAAGAAGUUACGGGUAAAGAUAUAAUUUUUACAGAUAACAAUACAACAGAAACAACCGAAAUGGCUCAACAAGGAAUUGAAACUGUGGCUGUUGAUGAGGUAAAUCUGGAUUUGAUCUUGGAUUACUGUUAUUGUCAAGGUUUGUGCAGUGUUCUGUUGGAUUUGAGGGGCAGUUUCUCUGAGUUUGAAGAGCUUGUCAAGGAAGGUGUUGAGAAGAAAUAUUUCAACAAAUUUGUGACGGAAAUUUUGCCAGUUUGGAAUGGAUCUGUGGAGAUGGAUCCUCCAAAACCAUUGAAGAGUUUAAAACAAGGAGUAAAAGUGAUAAAUCUACAGUCCAAAGCCUUAGAUCAGAGUGUUGUAAUCGAGGGAUAUUGUAGAUUUGAUUAAGCUGCCAUUUUAGUUGUUGAAACUUGAAAGGUGCAUGUUCCAUCAAUUCAACACAUAAAAAUAAUUAAUUACCUUCAAAUCAA